UCGAUUAUUCUUCCUUAUUACGGUUUGGUUCCCCGUCUCUUGCUAUUAAGGCGCCAUCUUUCUGAGGGGAGGCUGAAGGCCACUUGAGAUGAUUAUACCGUUGCCCACAGUUAGGCGGAGCCGGUCGGUUUAGUGCAAAUCGGACGAUUGCUUCUGUCUGUUACUCCCGCUGGCUGCGGAAGAUGGCGGAGCGUUUUGGCGGCGCAGGGAGGGUUUCUCUCCCCUCAGAGGGGUCGGACGUAAUUUGGUGCCUCGUGCGAGUGGGCAUGAAGGGAGAGUGGCUGUUGCUGGAAGAUGGCAGUGAGGUAACUAUAGGUCGAGGAGCUGGUGUUACGUAUCAGCUGAUGUCAAAAUCCUGCCCAUUGAUGAUCUCUCGGAACCACUGUGUGUUCAAACAAAAUACAGAUGGCCAGUGGACAGUGACUGAUAACAAGAGUCUAAAUGGUGUUUGGCUCAACUGUGAACGGAUUGAUACAUCAAGGGCCUAUUCCUUACAGGAAGGUGACAUUAUCCAGUUAGGAGUGCCUUUAAAGCACAGAGAAACAGCUGAAUAUGAAUAUAGAUUAAUAAAAGAAGAAUGGAAGAAAGUUAGUCCAUUUUUAGCACAGAAAAAUGACCAGCUAACUGAGCAAACAAAGGACAUGAGGGCUAAACGAAAAAUUAGUUUGGAAGAAUCGGAGGCAUCAGGAGCAGAAGGGCCCUCCAAUUUCAGAUCUAAGAGAGACCGAGUAUCUUCUGAUAAUGGCUCUUUGGCAAAAUCUGAGGGAGGCAGGACAGAACUGUCUAAACAACCAGUGGAAAACAUGGACAUAGUACUACUUCCUCCGAAACCAAGUAAGAAGGAGAAGAAGAAAAACCACUGUAGUACCGUUCAGCUUGAGCAUGGUUCUUGUUUCAUCUCUAAAGAUCAAAAAGCCCCAAGCCUGGCACAAUCUUGGAAUGGUUUAGAACAAAUUAUGAAAACUUUGGCGGACAUGACAAAGCUAAAAACUAAGAUGCAGGAGAAGCAGACAGCAGUCUUGAAUGUCAGACAAAAAAACAAGAAGUGUGCUCCAAAAGAAAUCCAGGUUUUAGAACAAGAGUUGCAGGAUUUGCAGGAUCAGUUAUGUACUGAGCAGGAACAUCAGCAGCAACGUGUGCAACAGUUAGAGAAAACUUUCUAUGAAGAACUAGAGGGAGCAAAGGAGGAACAUGUAGAAUUAAAACUGAAGGAACAGCUGGCACAGGUUCUGGCACAGCAUCAUGCUCUAAUGGAAGAACUGAGUCGUAGUAAGAAGGAUUUUGAAGAAAUAAUUAAAGCCAAGGAUAGGGAGUUGAAAGAGACCAAGGAAGAGAAAGAAAAGGCAAGAGCACAAAAGGAGGAAGCUUUGAGCCAGAUGAAUGAUGUACUGGAGAAUGAACUGCAGUGUACAAUUUGCUCUGAACAUUUUAUUGAGGCUGUCACGCUAAAUUGUGCACACAGUUUCUGCUCCUAUUGUAUCAGUGAAUGGAUGAAGCGUAGAUUGGAGUGUCCAAUAUGUAGAAGAAUCAUAAUAUCCAAAACACGGUCCUUGGUUCUAGACAACUGUAUUGAUAGGAUGGUGGAAAACCUGGAUGAUGAAACAAAGCGUCAUCGCCUGGCCCUCAUCCAAGAGCGAAAAGGGAAGCAGGUUGUUCUGGAGAGCCCAGCAUCAGACAGUGAGAGUAGUAGUCUCACAUCUUCCUCAGACACUGAAAGUAGUAGUGUUACUUCAACAUUAGACAGUGAGACCAGUAGUGUUACGUCCAUGCACUCCAUCAUGUCAAUAAGCAGCUAUGAAAGCGAUGACUAUGAGGCAGACUCUGAUAGCCACCAUGUAAUCUGAAGUAUUGAUGUUGGACACUUGCAGCUGCUUGGAGUUUACUAAAGGCGCUCUCUGGGAGAAAGAAUUGGGCAUUUGGAGGCAUGAAAAGAUGGAAUCUUAAAUUGUGGAUUAAAGGGGCUUGGCAUGGGCCUAAGUAGAUCUGUGAUAUCCUCAUCUCCAAAGCAUAUGAUUCAAAUUCAUUUACAGCCAUGACAACAAAACUUCUGUUUCUAUUCUUACUAUUAAAAAUGUGGGCAAUAAUACACUACUUAGCUUGAAUUACCAUGUUCUCCCUUAAAGGUUUAACACUGUUCGCUCAUUAGCAAAAUUAAGUGUAGCCAGAAAUAUAAUACAUUCUUGCUUUUUGUGACAGUAAGCUGCUUACUCAUGACUCACAGGUGUAUAAGAAUAUUAAGGAUGUUGAGGCUACAUCUACUCAGAUUUUAUCAAUUUAAAAACAGAAUGGAUAAGUGUCAAAUUUAAAUUUGCCUGUUCUAAGCCCUGAGGAAUUUUGUAUCUGGUUUUCUAGAAUAGCAUCUUAAACCAUGUUUAUGUUUGCCAAAGUGAAACAAAUACUUUAUAGUCCUAAGUGUAGCAGAGCUUUGUGAGGUGGGUGGGAACAGAGGUUUUCAGCUGUUACUGAGCAGCUGGUGUGACAAAGAGAGAAUGAAGUAGUUGGACUUGCAGUGUUGGAAGAUGUAUGUCUGAACAAAGAGAAGGUGAUAAUUACAUAAGUGAUAAUUACAUAAAUUUCACAAAAGUUGCUGGUACAAUAGCUAGUUUGCAGCAAUCCAUGUUCCAUUUCAGGGCUUUAGUUUCAAGUCAGGAAGCAAGUAGGUCUUUUUUUCUUGGUAUGAGUGGAAAUGAUUGUUUAUAUUUUUAUUUAUUCAAAAGGUAAAAGUUAUAAAGGAAGACAAAACUUGUGUUUGUUGCAUUUUUAUAAGCUAAUAUCCAUUGCUUAUGUUUCUAAAGACUUUAAUGUAUAAAUGUCCACCUAUUCUCUCUGUACAGCUAGUUGGGACUUACUGAGCCUUCUUUUUUUGCUUUGAUACUAACAACUUUGAAUUCUAAUAACUGGAUAUUUAACAUUAAGUAAUUGUUCUUUCACAGAAAUAGUUGUAAGCCACUUAAGUAUUCUCAAUAAAUUAUUGCAGUUCAUAAAUUCCAAGUUUUUGUCAGGCCACCCAGUCUGACAGCUACUUCUGUUGUCUGCAAUUAAGUGAGAGAUCAGAUGCAAGUCUAUGUAGCACCUUUGAUGUUGAAUAGUAGCAUUAUUUCCCAUGUUGAGUUUUACUGUAUUAUACUGUAGAUUACAUCAGAUAUUUUAUUUUUAAUUCUAAUGUGACAAAGUGUUUUCCUCAUAAAGUAUGCAGUUCAAACAAUCAGUGUCCCCACCCACACUAUCUAUGAACAGUAGAUUUACAUUUAUAUCGAACAAGA